AUGCCCCUCGCCCGCCCCGCCGGCCAAAUCCCCGAGGCCGCUUGGACCUCGGGCAUCAGGGAGAUGACGGAGCCCUGGAAAGGCGCCCUGGGCUGCCUCGGCGUGGCCGUCUUCUUCGCCAUGACCAUCGGCAUCAUCUCCUGGCAGGCGCUGGAGCAGUCCCCGGAGGAGUGGGUGCUGCGGGGGGGCGCGGCGGGGGUGCUGUGGGAGCGGCGGCGGGGGGCUCUGCUGCUGCGGGGGCUGCCGGGGGGGCGGACGGCGGCGGUGAUCGCGGUGGGGGGGGUGCCGGCCGCAGAGCCCCCCCCGCCCCGGGACCACUGCUGGCACGACGGCCGCCUCUUCUGCUACGCCUGGGAGGAGGACGCCGAGCUGCGGGUGUCCCUCGAGCAGCCGCCAGACCCCGCCACCGAGUGCUACAGCGUCCGCUGGACCCCCCUGCGCCCCGACGUCAGGCUGAAGGAUUGCUUCUCCAUGGCCAACAUCUCCUGGUUCGGCGGGGCGAGCACCCGCGCCCCCCGCUGGCCCCUCAACGGGGCCGAGAGCCCAGCCCAGCCCUUCGUCAGCGGAGACCUCGGCAGGAAUCCCGGCGGAUUCGGGCCUGUUCUGGACAGAUACUUCUUAGGCUCAACAGGGGUGACAGUGACGGUGGCCCCCGACGUGCCCCUCUUCCUGUCUCUGGAGAGCAACCAGCACUUCUGCCUGGGGACUCCGGCCGGAGGGGCCGCGGUCCCGCUGCGCUACCGCCUCUGCCUCAGCCCCGACGUGGCGGCCGCGCAGCGCUCGGUGGGCAGCCAGCUCGGGGGGCUGCCCCGGGCCCGGCCGGACACGGCGCUGCUGAGGGCUCCGGUCUGGAAGUAUCACGGCCCGGAGGGCUCGGUUGCCAAAAUCAAGCGAGGUUUGAGGUCUCUGGCCAGGAGGCUGAAGAGGCACGGGCUGCAGGAGGGGGUCCUGGCGCUGGGGGAGCGCGGCACCGCUGUCCUCACCGCCACGGACGACAUGCCCCGGGGGCAGGAGGCGGGGGGCUCCGGGGCCCCCUCGCUGGUGGCCCCCCUGCAGCUCUCCAUCACGCUGUCCCCCUACGCCCCCGUGGCCUCCCCGCUCUUCCUGCGCUCCCUGCGGGACGGCCGGGCCAGCUCCUGGCUCAGCCUCCAGCCCCGCCCCGGGGGCUGCUCGGUCCCACUGCUGACCAUGUGGAAGGGGCAGCUUUGUGCCCGCCUGAACGUCACCAGUGAGGAGGCCCUGAGCUGGUACCUGGCACGUGCCCAGCGCCUGCAGCAGGAGCUGGGAGCCACCUACGUGGUCUUCGAGGGUGCUGAGGGGAACACCUUCCUGGAGCAAGCUCUGCCACCUCCUGCUGAGCUGCAGGGCGACCAGUACACCCAGGUGCUGGCAGCAGCACUUGCCAUGCUGGGAAAUGCCACUGUCAUCAGUGCUGGUACCAGGUCCAGCCACCUCCCACUCUUCAUCCAGAUGAGCCCCCUGCGCUCAGACUGGAGCCACGCUGGGCUGAAGGGGCUCAUCCCCUCCGUGCUGCACUACAGCCUCCUGGGCUACAACUUCUUCAUCCCCGACGCAGUAGGAGGGAGUCUGGCUGGUGACACCCCGGGGGACCCGGAGCUGUACGUGCGGUGGCUGCAGAUCGUGACGUUCCUCCCCGUGAUGGCCUUCAGCACACCACCCUGGAUCUGCUGUGACACCUGGGUGCUGAACCUCACCCGGCAGUGCAUCCAGAGGCACCGGGACUUCGUUGUGCCGCUGCUGCUGAGAUCCAGCGAGGAAUGGCUCCGCCUGGGACACCCCAUCUUCCGCCCCGCCUGGUGGCUCAGCCCCACCGACCCCGCCGCCUUCGCCAUCGAGGACGAAUUCCUCAUUGGAGAUGAGGUCCUGGUGGCCCCUGUAACAGAGAGAGGACACACGUGGCGAGAUAUCUACCUGCCUGGAGCAGGACACCUGUGGAGGGACACCAGCACUGCCCGCCUGUUUGACGGGGGCACCAUCCUCAGGAAUUACUCUGCUGGUCUCACAGAGGUGCCAGUUUUUGUCAAGACCUCCUGAGUUCACCCACUGCCCCAGCCCUUGGGCAGGUGACCUCUUCCAGAGCAGCACUGCCCCAACGUGCUGCCUCUGCCUUCAGACUG